AUGCCCACACCAUUUCCCGAGGCCGCUCGUGAGCGCGACCUGCAUCGAUAUUAUAGGCCCUGGUUGGACGCGAAGAGCCUCGUCGAUGCUGAUGGCAGCGGAAAAAAGGGCUUGACGUACGAGGGCUACCGUCCAGAGGCUGGCCGCGACAGGAGCCUGACGGCCUUUGCGCAGCUUGCGACGCUUCGUUUGAACGCCAGGCGGGCCAUGGUGUCGCUCAUCGACUCGAACCGCCAGUACAUUCUAGCCGAGGCCACACGCACCCUUUCCCUCUUCACGCCAACGGCCGAAAACCCAGAGGACGAGGUCUGGCUGGGAAACGCCAUUUUGAACAAGACGGACGCCGUCUGCUACCACACUUUCUCGUCCACGUAUACGGCCAAGGAAGCCGAUGGCGGCACCUACACGGCGGAAGCCAUGGUCAUUCCCGACUGUCGCCUGGACCCUCGCUUCGCUGACAAGGACUACGUCAAGGGCGAGCCCGGCGUUCGAUUCUACGCUGGUGUGCCCAUUGUCACCAAAGCAGGCCACCGCAUCGGCGUCUAUGCCAUUUCUGAUGAGCACCCGCGCGAGGGCAUUAGCGCUGCUGAAUUGCGCUUCAUGGCCGACGUGGCAGCCGCCGUCAUGGAGCACCUCGAGCUGGCCAAGGACAGCCUUGACCGUAGCAAAGGAGAACGUAUGGUCCGUGGCCUGACGCAGUUCAUUCAGCGUUCUUCUGUCCAAGAUUCGCGUGACGAUGCCGGCAACAGGCCCUCGACCAUGGACAAGCAGACCGAGAAUGCCCGUCUCCAGACCUUGGAUGAGGAGGAAGAAUUGCCUUCCACCGUGAUCCAAGCGGCCAAGAAGCAGGCACAGCGUAAACCUGAUCAUCAGUCGGACGUCACGCGCGUAUUUCAACGAGCAGCUCGCAUCAUGCGGCAGAGCACUGAGGCAGAUGGUGUAGUCUUUUUCGACACAUCGGCUGCCAGUAUUGAAGUCCAUCUCCAUGAAGCCAGCCGACAUGUAGGGAGCAGCGAUGAGAGCGGAACACAUAACACCUCGGACAUUGAUACCGGUGAUUCCAUGGCGACCUCGCGCAGGAAGCGUCAAGAGGAGAUCAUAGCAGAUCGAGCAACGGAUAAUCCGCUGCUCAACGCAAAACCUUGUCCGGUGGCAGGGCUGUCAUUGCGAGAAGGCAUCGCCGCACUAGUUCAUACAGAUUUUGCUUUUACGGAAUCUGCCAUGGAAAGAUAUAUCCAGAAAUAUCCUUUUGGCAAGUUCUUCAACUACAGCGAUGAAGGAAUUGGCAUCAACAGUUCAGAUGAAAUAUCCGAGAAAUCCGAAACUGACCAGUCUGACCGCAACAUGCCCGCAUCGCCCACGGGCGCCAAGUCGUCGUCAGCGGCCAAGAAGUCUAGGAAAAGGCGUGAAAGGUUUAUUCCUAUGGAAUUCCUCCAAGUGCUGCCCAACGUGCGGACUCUCAUCUUUCUACCAGUAUGGGAUCCUGCCUCUGAACGGUGGGUAGCGGGGGGCUUCAUUUGGACUACUCAAGCGGGAAGGCUCAUGAGCCCCGAGAAUGAGCUGCCAUAUCUGCAAGCCUUCGGAAACAGCAUAGCAAGUGAGAUUGCACGUCUUAGUGCGCAAAGGGCCGACCGCGCCAAAACCACAUUCAUUGCAUCUAUUUCUCAUGAAUUGCGUUCGCCGCUGCAUGGCAUUCUCGGCUCAGUCGAGUUCCUCCGCGAUACGGUAGCAAACGCUUAUCAAGAAUCACUGGUCUCCUCUAUAGAAACAUGUGGAAAGACGCUUCUCGAUACGAUUGAUCAUGUUCUCGACUACGCCAAGAUCAACAAAUUGCGCGACGCAACUUCAAAGAAGAAGCAAAGGGGCGAAGGGCGAUCGAAGAGACUUCCAGCCGACAACUCUAUCCUGGGAGUCACUGCUGAUUUCGAUGUGGCGCAACUCGUAGAAGAAGUCUGCGACACGGUCUGCACUGGGCACACCUUCCGGAAAACUAGUAAUAUCAGCAGAUCUGCAAUUUACGAUCAAGCAGAGAGUGCCAUGGCAAACGGCGCGAGAACUCCCGGAAGCGAUGGCAUUCUUCUCGAGGGCCGAGACACUCAUGGCUCGGUCGCUGUGUCUCUGAUUGUUGAACCACGGGCCAGUUGGAUAGUACGCUCACAACCUGGCGCUCUCCGACGCAUUGUGAUGAAUCUACUUGGCAAUGCGCUCAAGUAUACCGAUUCUGGCUACAUUGCGAUAGAUAUGGUUCAGGCCAACAGUUCGCCUCAUUCGGUCAAGCUCUCUCUGAGUGUACAAGACUCUGGCCGAGGCAUGUCGGUCGAUUAUCAGAAAUCGAAACUGUUUUCGCCUUUCAGCCAAGAAGACCCCUUCAGUUCUGGUACUGGCUUGGGACUAAGUAUUGUCAAGCAGAUCGUGGAGUCACUUAAGGGAGAGAUUGAAGUUCGCAGUGCCAUUGGCGAGGGUACUACCAUCAAGGUAUCGGUGCAGCUGCCAACUGGGCAAAGCGAAACUAUCCAGAAUCCGGAUCUUCUUGCUUGUCCCAAAGUCUUGAAGGGAACGCGUGUCAGCAUCAUCUGUGAGUCGGAUACACGGUCGAUUGCACGAGGGCUGAAGACCAAGGCCUCCAUGGUGAAUGCUUGCAGGGGGCUUGGAAUGGACAUUACCAAAGACGCUGGCGCCGACACAUGCAUCUCCGACGUGGAAUUUCUGCUCACGGACUCGCCGUCCCUCGAUCAGUUGAUACACAAGGCGGGUGCAAGCAGAGUCAACAAAGCGCCGCUAUCCGUUGUCUGCAUCUGCACAGAUACAGGAGAGAGGACGAAUGUGGAGUCACGACUAGGCCGACAAAUUGAAGCACUGGGUUGGGUAGCAGAGAUAGUCACGCAACCCUGCGGUCCCCGUAAGCUAGCCCGCGCCCUUCUCCAAUGCCAGAAGCGCGCCUCCACCCACCACACUGAACGCCCGAUUUCCCGCUCCUUGAGCACCGCAAUCGUGCAACAACUCCAAACGCUCGCACCACCUGGUAGCCACAUAUCCCGCAGCCUCAGCGACGCCUUUUCCCAAGACGUAUCUAAAAUGUACACCAUGAACUCCACCAUGGAUUCCCCACCCACCUCCCACGCGUUCCCUUCCACCAUAACACCCACAUCCCCCAUCCGCACCGAGACGGGCGAAUACUUCUCCCCACGCGUCCUUCUCGUCGACGACAACGCUAUCAAUCUUAAGCUGCUCGUCGUCUUUGCCAAACGACAAAAUUUACGCUACGCCGAAGCCACCAACGGCCUCGAAGCCCUGGAAAUUUACAAAUCAGAAGCCCUCUCCACCACGCCUCCCACACGACCGUUUGACUUUGUGCUCAUGGAUCUGAGUAUGCCGGUCAUGGAUGGGUUGACGAGUACGCGGCAGAUUCGGCAGUUUGAGGUCAAAAGUGGGUUGCAGAAAUCGCACAUUGUGGCGCUUACGGGGCUAGCAAGUGCGCAAGAUCAGAGGGAUGCACAGGAGGCGGGUGUGGAUAUGUAUCUUGUUAAGCCGGUCAAGUUUGCGGAUAUCAAGAGGAUUUUCGGGGGGAAGUAG